GGACCGUGAAGAGUUAGCACCAAGACCAAAUACGACGAAUAGCGAAAUGAUGAUAUAGCAAUCCACAUUGCUUAUAUUUUUGGCAAAAUUAUGACAGGAAAGGAGGCAAUAGUUAUAUGUUAUAGGAAAGGGGAAGACACUGGAAUUUAGGUGAUAAAUUGCGACAUUUUGAAAACACCCCUGAAAUAUAUGUUUAUGUAAAUGAACUGACCUGUAUUACUACGCUAUGACAGCUGGAGGAGUGCAGUGGUUAUGCGCUGGAGAAAAUAACCUUCUGAUAUUUAGUAAGCAUGCAUGCACACAGCGACAGUAUUUUAACGGCAUUGUGGCGUGAAAGUCAACGAAGACAACUACAUCUAGGGAGCUGACAACAAACCUGGAAAGUCGACCAAGAUGAAUCUUUUAAAGGUGAUGGUAUUGCUGGUCCUCAUCAGUUGCUGCAUUUCAAGCAGUGAAUCGAAAAAAUCGAAGAGCUCAAAGAGUUCAAAGGAAGAGUUCUUAGAUCUUAUAAGGGAAGACAUCGCUGACAUCAAGACGGACAUCGCAUCAUAUUUCAAUGGCACGCAGAAUAGCAUUGAAUCGUGUUGCAAUGACACAAAAGAUGCAAUUGCGGAAUUAACGAGAGUGCUUGAAUUAGAUGAGUGUGACUCAGACCCCUGCCAGAACGGUGGACGGUGCAUCGACAGAUAUAACGGCUACAAGUGUGAGUGUGCGGCUGGAUUCUUCGGGAUUAAUUGUGAGAUGGUGGGAUAUCGCCCAAGCAUGCAUAAAACAAAACAACGACCGCCGUAUCGAUUCAGUCGCUACUAAAGACGAUUGCAAGGCGCUUUGUGUGAAUGAGGCAGAUUUCGUAUGUCGGUCCAUAGACUACAACGAUUCCAUCAAUCGAUGCCAACUCUCCGUGAAGUUUUCUGGGAACAAUCCAAUAGCAAUCCCCUGCGAAGCUGGUCCCGAAUGGAGCUACGCCGA